ACACCUUUUCACAACGAGUUAAAUGAAAGGCGUUAAAAAAAAGGUUAACUCCCAACGAAAUAAAAAGCUCAGAGAAGAAAAAAGGCGAUUAAACAUAUAACCAUGGAAUCACGCAUCUUUUAAACGGUCUGUUGCAAUCAAGGUUAAGGCCUUUUUCCUCUUGUUUAUAUCGCGGACAAACGAGCCGUUUUUCUUAAGCAGUAAUAAAAAUGGCGAUCUGAAAUCAGCCAGUUAUGACGAUAUUCCUUUCGGAAUUAGAACGGGAUAGUCCAUCUUUUACUAUUAUGUGAUUUGCGUGUGGCCAUACUUCCUCGUGAGGAUCAUAUAUCGAGCAGACAACUUUUUUAAAGGAAAAGCCAAACGACAGAGAAAAAAAAUGAUGUCAUUGUCUGAAUCAUACUCAGAAAAAUUGAAAGAACAUGAACACUGGGUCAAAGCAGCGCGCAAGAACGUUUAGAGAUCACACUGUUUCCUCCGCAAAACAUUAUAUGAAAUAUCUUUCUUCUUCGAAUGCAACAAGUUAAACGAUGUGGUCAAAAUAUAUUACAAAAUAUUUUAUCUUCCUUAGUUUGUGGAUAGCUGUGCAGAUAGCAAAUUCUUACCAAUACAUUCGAAAAGACUUCGAAGGUAUAGUUGAAAUACCUUUACUUACACCUGGAAGCGAUACAGAAACAAUUCCACAUUUUAUUCCUGGUUCUCUAAGUGGUGAAGUGACAUCAGAAAGCACUGAUGCUGACAUUUAUGAUCAGAUUUCACCUUCAAGAGAUACAACGACACCCACGUCGAGAAUCAACUCGAUCAAAAGAACAAGAUACUUGCAUAGUUCUGAAAGCCCAUCGACCCUCGAAGCAGUACUGAGUGCACCACCUCCAUUUCAUAAAAGUUGGUAGUAUAAAAUAGGUUCUCAUCAUGACAAAACUGCCUUUCAUGAAAACCAAAGAAAGCUGAUGAUUCUUGCACUACAUGAAAAUUAAAUUAUUUUUCUUCAUCUUUAAACGAUAAACAUUCCAUUGAAAAGUGUUUGUGUACAUUUUGUGUUAUUAAACAUCUGAAUCAAUUUGAAAA